GGUUAGUGGAGUUCGGGAAGUUGAUGAGCGCAGACGCGUUGUGUGCUGGGUGAGAAAGCAAUUAGCACUUUUGGAUGAACACAUUUUGUGUCGUGAGAAACAUAUCAAACGUAUUUCUAAAAUUGUAACCGGAUACGGACAUUUUAUUGUGUGUCGUGUUUUUAUUUAAUUUUUUUUUUUUUUUUCCUUAUUUUAUUUAUUUAUCUAUAUUUUUUUUAUUGCAAUUGUUACCUUAUCGGACUAAUGGUAUUUGUACUAUUAUCAAAAACUUGUUUAUAUGCAUUUUUUAGAUAAUUCAAGUUAAACAUAUAAUAAAAAAAGCUUUAUAUAGUAAUUUUUGUAUAGUUAUUUUACAAUUAUAAUUACGUAUUAUACGUGAGUGUUACCAACCAUUAAAAAAUAAAAGUGUAAAUCAAGUGAACUUUUUUUUUUAAAAAAAACACAAAAAUUAACUCAGAAAUAUUUAGUUUUAUGGCAUCAUUAUAGAGCUUUAUUGAAUUUUGCCUUUUGUUGAGUUUAUAAUUGAACAGUGAGAUUGUUGUUAAAAAAAAAGUAAAUAAAAUAUAAUAAAAAAAAAGAUGACUACUAAAGGGGAAAGGGGUAAAGCGACAGACUUUAGCAUCGCAGCCAUCAUGGCACCCAGGGGUCCUUCGUUUGGACAUUACCACCUGCAGGGUAUUAGUAAUGUAUCUAACAACUCUCCAGAAUGCAAAGAAUAUGAUGCAUCACCAGGUCUUGAUUAUCGUAUUGGUAGAUGUUCACCAAUUAAUAUCGUUACGACAGAAUCAGUCGUUGCUAGAGAAGAAGAACUAUUAAAUGGUGAUGAUUCUGACGAUAUUAAUGAUGAAGAAAUAGCUGAAGUGGAAAGUGUAAAAACUGAAAAAUCAACAAAUGAUGGAGAUGAAGAAAUUGAUGUUGAUGUUGAAGAAUGUAGUAGUACUGAUGAUGGUCCGGUAUCUUCAGUUAAUAAUGUUACUGGUCGUAAAUAUAGAAUUAGUAAUACAACUAGUAAAAAAACACAACAACAAAGACGAACAACAUGUAAUUCAGAUGAAUUAAAAAACAUUGACUGUCAUCUUGAAACCAAAGAACUCUGGGACAAGUUUAAUGAACUUGGAACUGAAAUGAUUAUUACUAAAACUGGCAGAAGAAUGUUUCCAACAUGUCGAGUGUCAUUUAAUGACCUAAAACCAGAAGCUCAAUAUGCUGUUCUUAUGGAUAUUGUUCCGGUUGAUGAUAAAAGAUAUCGUUAUGCAUAUCAUAGAAGUUCUUGGUUAGUAGCAGGUAAAGCAGAUCCACCAGCACCAGCAAGACUUUAUCAUCAUCCUGAUUCACCAUUUACUGGUGAACAAUUACGUAAACAAGUUGUUUCAUUUGAAAAAGUUAAACUUACAAAUAAUGACAUGGAUAAGCAUGGACAGAUAGUUCUCAACUCAAUGCACCGAUAUCAACCAAGGAUACAUUUAGUCAAACUACGUGAUAAAGAAAAUGAAAGAAAUCAUAGAAUAACAGAUCUCAAUAAAGAAGAACAUAAAACAUAUAUUUUUCCUGAAGCAAUUUUCACUGCUGUAACUGCUUAUCAAAAUCAAUUAAUCACAAAACUAAAGAUUGACAGCAAUCCAUUCGCCAAAGGUUUUAGGGAUUCAUCCCGUCUCACAGAUUUUGACAGAGAUCCCAUGGAAUUAAUGGAUCAGCAACUAGUACGUUGUGGAGUGCCUUCAAUUCGUCUUUAUGAACAUCUUGCCAUGACAUCAUCAAAUGUACAACAGCAUCAACAUAACCACCAUCAUUAUCAUCACCAUCAACAGCAACAACAACAACAGCAGCAGCAACAACAACAACAGCAGCAACAACAGCAGCAACAAUCAAGAGUUGAGACAAGUCAACAAUCACUUACUCCUUGGUUGUCACCUAACACAGUAUUACUAUAUGGUAGUAGAAAUGGUGGUACACCUUCACCUUAUCUAACACCACCAUCUUUUCCAUGUUCUGGUCUUUCAUGGUCUUGGCAAUCUCCUGUGUCAAUGAUUUCUCGACGAUCAUCUCCCUCAUCAAGUGGCAUUAGACAUGCUCCUUAUCGAACACCAAAUUCAACUCCACCAUUAUUAAGCGCACGUCCAGCUACCCCAAAUUAGCUAUGUCCAUCAUAGUCAACAAGUUUUUUCUUUAUUUAUUUUUUCCUUAUAGUUACAAUUCAAUUAUUACUUUUUUUUUUUUAUUUUUCGUACUGUCAUUUUACUUGCUGCACAUUUCUUUCAGAUAUGUGUUCAAAAAAAGUUAAAAUGACUGUUAUGAUAAAUAAAUUUUCUGUAAUAUUAAUUUUUAAGUAAUGCUUCCAAUUGUUUGUGAUCAUGCCCAGUGAAAAGCCAAAGAAAUCAACGAAGCAUGCAUUCAUAUAUAUAGAAUUCCUAAAAUUGUAUUAUACAUUAUUAUAUUCAAGGGACUAUUUACUUUGCACUUCGAAAAAUCGUUUAUCCAUAUAGUUAGUCAAAAAUGUGUAUAGGAUCCAAUUAUUAAUUUGUAAUUUUUUAUUAUGUUUUUUUUUCGCUAUUAAGAUUCGUG